AUGGUGAGGAAGAAGAUACCGAUCAAGAAGAUCGUGGACGUAACUGCGAGGCAGGUGACAUUCUCAAAGAGAAAGAGUGGCCUUUUGAAGAAAGCACGUGAGCUUUCUCUUCUUUGCGAUGCUGAGAUUGCUCUCAUUGUCUUUUCACCUGGUGGCAAGCUCUUCGACUAUGCAAGUUCAAGUAUGCAGAAAAUAACUGAAAGAUAUAUUUUAUGCUCAGAGUGGAACCUUGACAAACUAGACCAGUCAUAUCCUACGGAGCAGGGUAAUGCUUCUUUGAACAAGCAAUUGGAAGAUAGGAGUCGUGAAAUGAGACAGCUGAACGGAGAAGAGUUGGAAGGAUUGAACCUAAAGGAACUACAGAAAUUAGAAGAACGACUUGAUUCAUCCUUGAACAGUGUUUAUAAAGCCAAGGUUCAAAUUUUUUUAGCAGAGAUCGGCAUACUUUCGCAGAAGCAAAACAAACUCAAGGAAGAUAACCAACUGAUAAAACAGGCUACCUUUGCCAUCUGCCUCAAAAUAGAGUUUCUCAGCAUUGAGGGAACCACCAUGCAGUCUUUUAGCCAAAAAAUCCAAGCUGAAAGGGGGUGUGGAAGUGAGAAACAGGGGCUGCGGGAGAAAAGGUUUUCAAUUAUUCUUGGGCUUGGCCCAACACUGGCCCGAGCUCACCGCCGCUUCUGCCAGAACCGGCCACCGUCGCCUCAGCCAGAACCGGCCACCGUCGCCUCAGCCAGAACAAGCCUUGGCCUCGCCGACGACAACUUGCGCCACCAAAACCACCGCCAGCCACGACGCCACCGUCUCCACUCUUCUCCCUUCGAAAACGGCGAUCCCAAGGGAGGGUCUCGCCUCCGCCACACACACCGACGCUACCCCCCGUUCGCGGCCACCGCUGCCUCUGAUGCCACACUGCCGCGUCCUACAACUGGAUCAGAGACAUCAUCGGCGGCAAAUGCUAAUGUCAGAAACGCCUUCGCUGCUCACAGGUAUUACUUACCUCUCGAAGAUCUGUUUGCUAUUGCCAACCUUGCGUCUCCCUCUCCUUUGGCUGGCGUCUGUCUUUUUCUGCAGGUGAAAAUGGUGAAUGCUCUCAGGGAGACUCGAUGA